CACAACAGCCUGGCUAAAAUCAGUCGGUUUACUUCAGAGUCCUCGGCUGCCCAUAGAAUCAGCUAUGAUUUUAUAUUCCCUAUAUGAGUGGCUGGAUUUUAAAAGCUUUUUGUUUUUGAUUUGUUUACUGCUGCUGCUUAUAGAUUUGAUCAGACAUAAAAAUCCUGCAAAUUUUCCACCAGGACCCUGGCCGCUACCCAUCCUAGGAAAUGUCUUCACUGACGUUAACUAUAAAACUGUAGACCAGCUGAUUGAGAAGUAUGGGAACAUCUUCAGUGUCAGAAAUGGAAGUGAUAAAAUAGUGUAUGUUUCCGGGUUUAAAAUGGUGAAGGAUGUUUUGAUCACUCAAGGGGAAACCUUCAUUGACCGCCCUGUUUUACCUUUAUUUGACACACUUUAUAAAGGCAGAGGACUGUCCUUUAACAAUGGCUACUCAUGGAGGAAACAACAGCAGUUUUCCAUGAGUCACCUGAAAAACUUUGGAGAGGGGAGGAAGACUCUAGAAGAACAUAUUCAACGAGAGUGCUACUUCCUGUGUGGAGCCUUUAAAGAAGAGCAGGGCUGCCCAUUUAACCCUUUGGUCAAAAUCAACAACGCAGUGGCUAAUGUUAUUGGCAGCCUGGUGUUCGGCCAUCGAUAUGAGUAUGAUGAUGUUGAUUUCCAGAAGCGUCUACAAAUGAGUGCAGAGUCAGUGUUUCUUACAGGAUCUGUGUGGAACCAGCUAUAUGAUGCCUUCCCUGGUAUAAUGAAAUGGUUGCCAGGACCUCAUCAGACAAUAAUCUCAAACUAUCAAGAGUUAGCAAACUUCCUGAAAGAAAAGGUUGAGCAACACAGACAAGAAUGGGACAGCAACAAUCCCAGAGAUUAUAUUGAUGCCUACCUGACAGAAACAGAGAAGAGGAAGAAUGACACCGAGGCAGGGUUUAACAUUGACAGUCUGGUGUGGUGCAUGGUAGACUUGUUUGAGGGCGGAACUGAAACAACGACCAACACACUCCGAUGGGCUCUGCUUUACAUGAUCAAGUACCCUGAUAUUCAAGAGAAGGUCAGGGCAGAGAUUGACCAGGUGAUUGGCUCCCGUCCACCUAUUAUGUUCGAUAAGGCAAACAUGCAUUACACAAACGCUUUUAUUCAUGAGGUUCUUAGAAAAGCAAACCUUGUGCCUCUAAAUAUGGCUAGAGCUGCAAGAAAGGACACAAUUCUGGGAGGCUAUUUUAUACCAAAGGGAACUGUGAUGAUCACUAAUCUGACAUCAGUACUGUAUGACAAACAUGAAUGGGAAACACCAGACACCUUUAACCCUGGACACUUUCUAGACUCUGAAGGCCAGUUCUGCAGGAGAAAUGCCUUCUUCGCCUUCUCAGCAGGCAAAAGGCAGUGUCCGGGAGAGCACUUGGCUCACAUGGAGCUGUUCAUCUUGCUUGCCAUCCUCUUGCAGACCUUCAGGUUCAGCCCUCCUCCUGGUGAGGAGCCCAGUCUGGAGAGCCAGGUGGGCUUCACACAAGCCCCUUUGCCAUACAAGCUCUGUGCUCACCCGAGAUAAAGUGUGCCAAAUCCUGCUGAGGAUAAUUGUAUGCAAUAUAGCAACUUCUAUGUGAGAAGUAUCACCCACAGCAUAUGCAUAUGCACAGCAUUGAGGAAAUUUUUUUAAAAUUUUUUUUUAAAAAGUAAUGCAUUAAAAUAAUGUGUUACUUCCUAAAAAAGUAACUAAUUACAUUACUUAGUCUACUUUUUAUGGAAAGUAAUGUGUUACGGUACUUUUGAGUUACUUUUUAAAUCUGGGCAGGGCUUGCUUGUUUGUUUUUAAUAUAAAAAAAAUAUAUUACAAAUGUAAAAGCCCUUUCACACCAAGUGAAAUGAAUAUUCCUCGGCUCAGGCUGAAAGAAAAUUAAACUGUAAAAUGUAAAUUCAUGUCUGUAUUCAUGACUGUUUUUAUUCAUUUUAAGGAAUAUCUGUUUUGUGCAGGUGAGAUGAGUAAAUGCAUGUUCACAUUUAGUCUAGAACUACAGUGACAUCAUGUUCACACAGCGCACACAUCGCCUCUGCACUUACUCCCGAUUUCUCUCAACAUGGCAACACAAGAGCUGUCAUGGGAAACAAAGUAAGUGGAGUUAAUAUUUCCUUCUAAAUUAAAAAGUAAUGCGUUACUUUACUAGUUACUUAAAAUGUAAUCUGAUUACAUAACCCCCAACACUGCAUAUGCAAACAAAUACAAAGUCAUUUAAGUGAACAUUAUGCCUGAAAAUUCCAAAUACUACUUUGUGUGUGUGUGUCCAACCAUUACAUAGAUUACGAUCUGUACUAAACACAGGAAAUGUGCUCUGGCCUUAAACACUUUCCUCCAGUCUACACAUGGAAAGAAUUUGUUCUGUCUGAAAACAGAACAUUUGUUAGAAUGUGGGAACUAUUAUUAGAACCUCUGUUUAGCUCUUUAUGCAUUAUUACUUUCCCUCCUACAUUUAUUGAUUAUUCAUAACUUUUAAAACCUUAUGAAUAUGUGCUUGCCAGCCUCUUAUUACUUCUGUAUGGUGCCAAACUUUCGAUAUUCAUGAUGUUUCCCCCUUCUUUGUGAUUGCUUAGUGUGUGUGCUUUCUUUAUAUUAUUUUUAUAUUUAAUGUUAUAUUUGCUGUGUUUUUGACAAAAUAAAUGUUUUAUGAUAAGCAUAAGAGACUUUUUUCAAAACAUUAAACAUAGACAAACAUACAUACAUAAAUACAUGUGUAUAUAUAUACACACACACACACAUAUACAAAUAUACACAAACACACAGAACACAGCUGUGUUUCUAUAAUUGUAUUUACCUUUACCGUCUACCUGUAUUGAAGAGUUGAGUCAUGUAGUAUUUUUGUGAUUUUGAAAUUUUCAAAUCUAGACAUGUAACCUUUCCCUGAGUGAUCAGUGCACUUUGCUGAUUGAUUUAAAAGCUAUGAAACAUGAAUUCAAUGCCAUGUACACUAAAAAAACAGUGCUCUUUAAAAAGGCA